AUGUUCAACGAGAAAUAUAUUUUUCAUGGAACCAUCAUUGAUACACCUGAUCCAUCGACAUUACGAAUUAGAAAACAACACAUUUGUACUGUGAAUAAGGGCAAAAUCGAAAUAAUCAAACCUGCUGAUUCCCUCAAUACUGUUGAUGUAUAUCGAGAUUAUACGAUUAUUCAUUUAAGCGAGAGUCAAUUUAUCUGUCCGGGAUUUGUUGAUUUACAUUGCCACGCUCCGCAAUAUCGACAAGUGGGAAGCGCUACUGAAGUGCCUCUUCUACAAUGGCUCGACAAAUUCACUUUCCCGAAUGAAGCUAGAUGUGCCGAUCUUUCCUACGCGCGGAAUCUCUAUACAAAACUUGUCUCGAGACUAUUACGUAAUGGAACGACAACAGUGCAAUACUUUGCCACGAUACAUCUUGAAGCAACGAAAAUUCUAGCAGAUAUCUGUCAAGAAAAAGGACAACGAGCAUACAUUGGUAAAGUGUGUGCAGAUCGAAAUUCACCUGAUUUCUACAUUGAAACGACGGAGGAAAGUGUUCGGCAUACAGAAGAAUUCAUUAAUUAUGUUCAUCGUAUGGAAAAAGGUAGAGAUAUUGCUGAGAUGAAGGCUCUGAUACAUCCUGUUGUUACACCUCGAUUUGUACCAACAUGUUCACUAGAUUUACUCGUUCAACUGGGACAACUAGCGAAGAAAUAUGAUGUCCAUAUACAAUCACACAUCGCAGAGACAGCAGAUCAGGUUGCAUUCGUACAUGCACUUCAUCCUGAUGUUGGAAACGGACGAGACGUAGCUAUUUUCAAUCAAACCGGCCUUCUGACAAAUAAAGCAGUUUUUGCUCACGGAGUCUAUCUAGCUGACGAUGAAGUUGACCACAUGAUAGCAAGUGGAAGCGCUGUAGCCAGUUGCCCAAUUGCAAAUUUUCUUUUUUCGAAAGGAAUCACUGCCAUUGAACGUUUUCGAAGAAAGGGUUUGAAAGUAGGUCUAGGAACUGACGUUGGAGGUGCAUAUUCAAGCAACAUGCUUCCUGUCGUACGCGCUGCUGUGUUUGGUAAUCGAACGAUGGAUUUUGUUUCGAUCGAUCGUUCGAUUGCUGCACUUCCAGAAUUUCCUGAACAUAAAGAUCCAGACAUUGAUUUCAAAUUCGCUUUCUACUUGGCCACUCUGGGAGGCGCACACGCGUUGAACAUCGAUACACACAUCGGAAGCUUCGAAAUCGGAAAGGAGUUCGAUGCACUACUUGUCGACUGUAACAAGGAUGAUCAGGCAUUCGAUUAUUGGAGUGAAGAUGAAAAGGAAGUCGAAGAGAGCUUGGAAAAGUCGUCACCUUAUUCCCCGCGUACGUGUGGUCGUGGAUCUUUCCAAUAUGGUUUAAUUCUUUCGAUAAUGUUUAUUGCUUACACAUUUUUCGUGGGUGGAAAUUAUCAAACAUUUUCCAAAUUCUACUUUUCGUUUCUGAAAUUCGAAAAAUUUAAGUUGUCCAAUGAAGAUGCCAGUUGGGGAAUGAUUCUCUUUUGGCUUUCCAGUUCCGUCGGACGCUUCCUUUUCGCAAUUAUAUCAAUCUUUCUAUCGGUAAAUAUCUGUCUUAGUAUUAUUUGGGCAGGUGCUCUAUGCCUCGCAGCAGCAUGGCUUACUUAUGUUUGGAUCGUUGGUUUAUCAAGUAUGAGUUUAUUUCUUCUGGGUGCAAUAACCGGCUUAAUAUUUUCACCGAUAUUUCCUUUAUCGUUCGGUUAUUUCAAUCAAAGGCUCAAUGUUAUACCAAUGCUUCUCGGUUUACUUUUGUGCGGGACGGCACUCGGAGCGAUGUCAUCGAACAAAAUAGCUGGCUUAGUGAUGGAUCAUGAUCCCAACCAUUUUCCAACACUGUUGGCGAUUUGGAUACUGAUGGCAACUCUUCUCUACAUUGCUUCGCAUCUCGUCUACUUUUGUCAUCGACGACCUUCAACAGAUACUGGUCGUGAAUGCGUUAACGAAGAAGAAAAAGGAGUGAUGAUGGAGAUAACAAAUAAAGAAAACAAAUAG